AUGAGUUUCGAAGCACCACCUGUGCCUGCGCCGUAUAACGAGCAUGCUAAACACACCAACAAGCUCUUUGUGGUCUUUUACGAAGAACUCGGCAAAUGGCCCUGGCAGGUCAUCGAUUUCGGCCCCCGGAAAUGGGGUCAGAAUCUCGUCUCGGGCUUCACGAGACUUCUGACCCUCGACCUUCCUAAGACCGAAGGCGUGUCACGUCAAGAACUUAUCGAAUACCUCCGUCAUCACUCUGCGGAGCACCCGAGUAUUCAGUAUCAGUACCAGCUGAGCAACAUGCUCAUCGCAAAAGCCACCAAGUGGUUGGCAGACAAGCGUGAGCUUGUUGACGACUCUGGUUCCGAAUCGGACGGGUCCAUCUUGAAUGAGCCUCAGAGGAUCACUCGGAAUAGAAAGCAGGCCCGGGAUCUUCGAGCUGCUACUAGAUCCGCGCGUCCAAUUCGAUCCGCUCGCAAGCGCCCCAUCAACUACAGCGACCGCCACCAUUUCCAACUCCAUAAUGCCGAUGAUUCUGAAGAUGAUGGCGCUGACGAUGACGCCGACGGAAGUGGAGGGAACGACCAGGAAGAGAUCGAGUCAGCCGAGCCUCCAGCCAAGCGAAGGCUGAUGGUUUUCUUCAACUUCUCACCCGAGAACAGCCAGGAGUUAUCUAGACUCAUGGGAGAAUCCAUCACGGAACCUGGCAGCGGCAACGGUGAGGCCUUACGACACUCGUUCCCACAGCGAAAUGCCGGAGGAGGAAGCCGCCUUCUCGAUGCACCUAAUAAAUCUCGGAACGAAGCCCUACUUGCCUGUACCGACCAUCUCAAGCGCGAGAUCGCCAAAUUGGAAGAGAACAUCACGCGCACCGAAGCUAAUAUAAGCAACUCAUCCCGACGUCGUGAGGGAUAUCUCGAAACCGUCCGCAACAGCGCCGAGGAUCUCAAGAAAGCCACGGAAGAAGCCACCGAGGCUUCGCAAGCGGUCCAGCACGCAAGAGCACUCUGCGAAACCGACGCUCAGGUCGUCGAGGAAUUGCGCCGCAUUAGCAGCAAUAACCCGAGGAUUCUCACCGAAGAGAACUUUCAGCACUUCAAAGAGAACACCCCUGCACAGAAGCAGAAGAGAGAUGCUGAGAACACGUUGCGUACCAAACAAAGACGUCUAAAUGACGUCAAGACCAAGCAUCAGAUUGCAGAGGCCAACAUGGACCCUCUGAACAACAAAAUCAGCGAAUUACAUGAUGUACUGAACGCAAAGAAGAAUGUCCGUCGAAGCCUGGUCGCGAUGCAUCGGCUUGUGGCAAUGGACGGGGACGAAUUGGAAGAGACUUUGGGGGAGAAUGGUCUUGAGGGGUGGUUGAGGGAACAGGUCUGA